CCUACACCUCUUACUCUUAGCCGUCACUCUAACAUGUGCCCACACGGCUAGAAUUCUGACGGAAGAUGAUGAUGGCAAUCCCACUCUCCCCUCGGUCAACCCUUCUCCGCCGGUUGAAUCUGUUGCUCCCACCGUCACAAACGCUGACCCACAGUUGACUUUCUUCAUGCACGACAUCCUCGGCGGGUCAACUCCGUCGGGAAGAAUUGUGGCUGGGAUUAUUUCCACUACCCAAAUCAACGGCAUCCCUUUCUCCAAAACCAACGGUGGGAUCUUCCCCAUCAACAAUGGCGUUCCUCUCAUCACCCCCAACAAUGGUGUCAUCAACAACAAGGGAAUUAUAAACAACAACAACCUUCCUUUCGUCGCCGGACUCACCGGCGCAUCCACCACCACCGUCGUCACCAACAACGGCAACAACUUGAUUGGAAACAGUAACUCUUUACCGUUCGUCACCGCCGGUCAGCUUCCGUCGGGAUCAACUCUUCAGAAACUAAUGUUUGGGACGAUCACGGUGGUUGACGACCAAUUAACGGAAGGUCACGAGCUGGGUUCCUCCGUCAUCGGAAAAGCUCAAGGGUUUCAUUUGGCGAGCUCGCUUGAUGGUAGCAGCCAUACUAUGGCUUUCACUGCUCUGUUUCAUAACGGAGAUCAUGGGGAAGAGGAUACACUGAGUUUCUUUGGGGUUCACCGGACGGCGGCGCACGAGUCGUUGAUUGCGGUGGUCGGAGGGACGGGGAAAUAUGAGAAUGCUCGAGGGUACGCCGCCGUUGAAACGAUUCAUUUGACUAAUCAGCAUUUAACUGAUGGUGUGGAUACUGUGCUUCAGUUCAGUGUUUAUCUCAGUCAUUGA